CGAGUAGGAACCCAAUCUCCAAAUCAUUUCUAAAGCGUUUUAAAACUGUGAGAAGAACGUUUGCGGUUCUUUUUUAGGUUUACACAAUUGCAUUCGAAUAUAAAACAUAGUUACAUAAUUUUAUCUCGUUUCCUUUAAGGUGUGAGAGCGAUUUCUCUGGUCAUGACCGUGUGCUGUAAUCCUGCCACUGAACCCUAUUUUUUGUAGGAAGCUGGAUGCAGCGUGGGAAACACUUUGUAACAAAUAGAUAAAGUGACUACGUUGGAUUCUACUUCUACGAGACGUGCUGUUGUGGAGCAAAAGCGUUCCUAGUUUGUGCCUGAUUCCUGAUUUAUUCCUGUUUUUAUUGAUUUGCUCUUUUUGCGAUGGACUACCACAAUAACUCUGGCUCUUACGAAGGACGCCCCCAACAUAAUCGUCUCCAGCCUCGUAAUCGUUCCCGUCCUUCGGAGGGCGGUGAACGCGGCAAGAAUACAUGCCCGAUCUGUUUUAGUGACUUGACGGAUAUCAUCGCCCUGCAGCCCUGUAGUCACGUUCUGUGUUUUGAGUGCGCCGUACGCAACCGUGUCCUGUGUAACAAGAAAGAAUGCCCCGUUUGUCGAGCAGCUUGUGCUGAGGUUGUUUUAGCUGGCCAUCGACCAUCCGACGUUAACGAAAGCGAUCGUUUUGAAAGCAUCCUCAGUGUUGCCCGCAGGCAGGGUAAAUCGGAUCCGUACUAUGGAUUUUUAUUUGAAAAUAUUGGUAUUGAGCGCGCCUAUCGGAAGAUGCUGACACAUGCCUGCCGUUUCUGUGAUCGCCCUUUUGAAGAAUUUGACCAGCUUGUGAAGCAUGUUCGAGACCGGCACGACCAUCACUACUGCAACGUUUGCGUGCGCCAGCUGAUGUUAUUUACAUGGGAACACAAAUUAUACAUGUAUGAUGAGCUGCUCCGCCAUUUGGAAGAAGGUGACCCGACGGACAAAACUAUCCCUCCUCAUCCGCAGUGCCAGCUGUGUUCUUUCCGUGCUUUCGAUAAGGAUGAGUUGUAUCGACACUCUAAACAGCGCCAUCAUUUAUGCUGGAUUUGUGAAAUGGACUCAAAUAAAGUGUUAUUUUUUAAGGAUUUUUACGAUUUAUUUGAACACAUGGUCGACCACCAUCAUGUUUGCAAAAUCUGUUCCAAACCCGACGAAGCGCAGGUCAAAUCAUUUUCGACGAAGGAAGCACUGGAAAUUCAUACAGCCGCUGACCAUGGCGGAGGGUUGGAUCCGCGGAUGUUCUUUAACUUUGAGCAUCACCCGCGAGCGGAACGCGGCGCAAGAGGCGAGCGACGGCGACGUGAACAGGAACAAGAAGUGGAAAAUCGUCCCGUUACCCCACCACCACCGCCGAACUUUAACAUGGAACCGGCCCAUUUUCCAGCGCUAGGCCUGGAUGCUGUCGGCAGUGGCGGGGGAGAUGUCUCAGUAGCCCCAAAGGAAGAGACAAAAAAGUCCGGGCCGUCGGUGCAGUCAGGGGAGAGCGUUCGACCGGUUCCUAAGUAUGGAGCACCGAAGCUAACGGAAGGGGAUUUCCCAGUUUUGAGUGGACACGGGCCAGCGCCUUCGAAAAUCCCGGCAGGUCCAUCUUGGGCCAGUAACGCUAAAGUUACCGCGGUGCCGAAAAGCGGUUCUUCGUCGUCAGCAAAACUACCGAAAAAGUCAGUGCCCCUUGCUCGACCCAAUUUCACCGACGACAGCUUCCCGGAACUGGAUACUCCUGCCCCGAUCGCUACCAAAAAGUUAAAUCAGGAAUGGGUUUCUGUUCCUGUCAAGUCAAAAGGUCAACCCAAGGAGCCGAAAACUACCCAGGCAAAGCCAGCCGCUUCCCGUUGGGACUUACCGGAAGAGCCGACCAGCCCGCCCUCCAACCGAAAAACUAUUGAAUCACCGCUUUCUUACGCCCGACCUAACGGCAUCAACACCGAUGCAGUUUCCAAGCCGACCGUUGUGCGAAAUCUUUAUUAUACGGAUAGUAAAGGCGCUCAAAAUCUUGGAGCGGACGCAUUUCCAACACUGUCGGCCCCCGCCAAAAACGUUCUUCCUGGCAUGUUUGGUGGCACACCGAAAAAGAAAUCCGAAGCCAAAGCAAAGAUUGGUAAAGUUGCCGUAGUUGAAAAAAAUGUUAAUCCAAUCAAUCCCAGCGGAAAUUCAAAAAAGUCAGAAGAGGAACAAAUUGCUGAAAGCUUGUUCAAGUCCGCACGGUCAUUUUCUCGAGGAUCAUCAGAGAAUGGCGUGGAAACAGAAGAAGAUGCCAUAGUGCCGUCACCGGUAGCUGCCAUUAUUCAUCAUGCUCCGUACAAAAUGAAAAAAGAUGAUUUUCCAACCUUGGAAGGCAAAGCACCGAAACAAAAGGUCCAUGUGCCAGACGAUAUCGCCAUGCCUGAUCGUGUUCGAAAACAAAAGGAAGUGAAAACGCAGUGGGGAAACACGAUGGUCCAGUAUGAAACCGUUUACACAUUUGUUCCACCAUCUAAUGCCAGGGAACGUACUGACGCUUUGCGUGCUAAAGUCGAGCCCGUGGAAGUUAAGGGAAAAAGUAAAACGCUGGAUGAUUUCCAGCAUGAGCUUAUAGCUGAGCAACUAAGUCCAUUAGAAUUUUGGAUGGAAUGCCAGCGGAUUCUAGGAAAGAAAUUUCCUCAACUAAUGCCGGAAGUGCUAGCUCUGCUACCCAAUUUGUCUUUGCAAGAGGAGAUUUACGAAGUGGCUAAGGUGCCGAUAUAUGGCAACCAACAAGUGGUCAAAGCGCUUGCUCUGUGCAAAGUUUGCAGACAGGUUGUUAAAACUGUCGAAAAGGAUGAGCAUGAGAAAGUGCACAAAGGAGCACAUUAAAUUGUUGGAGGUGGGCGAUUUUUUUCGAAGUGCUUUCUGUUUAAUUUUUUCGUGUUUAUUGGACUUAAUUUUCGCCCGAGGUGUGAGCAAUAAAAAGGAAAUUACAUCGUAUUUUUA